CAUCACAGGUCCUACACCUCCCUCAUCUAGCAGGUACAGAGCAGGUCCUGGUCUGCAGUCACUGCUGUUGUGUGGAGAUUGCCUCAGUGUCACUAUAGUAGUGAGGUUCCUAUAAGGUGUCAGGAUGUGGCGGUCUAUUUCUCCAUGGAGGAGUGGGAGUAUGUAGAAGGACACAAGGAUCUGUACCAGGACAUAGUCAUGAUGGAGGAUCACCGGCCCCUCACAUCACAAGAUGGAGUCAUUGAUAGAAAUCCACCCGAGAGGUGUCCCCGCCCUCUGUAUUCCCAGGACUGUCCAGAGGGAAUUGUCCCAGAGAAGCAUCAGGGGGGAGAUCUGACCAUUAUCAAAGUGAAGUAUGAAGAAGAAGAGGAGGAUGAGGAGAGGAUAAGGAGUGAAGUAAAGAAGGAAAUUCCCGAAGAUGUUACCCCCGGAAAUCCCAGUAACUUAAUGGUAUUGCCGAAAUGUAAAGUAGAAGAUGAAGAGCGUUCCUCAGGAGAAGACCGCCUUACCCCUAAUGUCCAUCCAGAUCUAUCCUGUAAUAAUCCACCUGAUCAUGAGGAACCUUCUCCUGACCAACCACACAUUGUUACCACAAGGACAGAUCAGGAACAUGGGAAAGGUUUAUAUUGUGAGGAAUGUGGGAAAGAGUUUACAACAAGCUCAGAUCUUUUUACACACCGAAAAAGUCACACAAUCAAGAAGUCCUAUCCAUGUUCAGAAUGUGGAAAAUAUUUUUCAUAUAAAUCAGAACUUGUCAUACAUGAGAGAAUUCACACAGGGGAGAAACCAUAUCCAUGUUCAGAAUGUGGAAAAGGUUUUAUUACUAAGGGCAAACUCACGGAUCAUCAGCGACGUCACACAGGAGAGAAGCCGUUUUCAUGUUCUGAAUGUGGUAAAUGCUUUAUCCAUAGAUCAAAGCUUGUUCUACAUGAGAGAAUCCACACGGGGGAAAAGCCUUAUUCCUGUUCAGAAUGCGAGAAAUGCUUUGUAAACAAAACUCAUCUGGAUCUACACGAGAGACAGCACACAGGAGUGAAGCCAUAUCCGUGUUCAGAAUGUGGGAAGUCUUUCAGAAGCAAAUCAGACCUUAGUAAACACGAGAGAACUCACACCGGAGAGAAGCCGUAUUCGUGUUCAGAAUGCGGGAAAUGUUUUACAAACCAAUCAACUCUUGUUAGACAUCGUAGAAUCCACACAGAAGAGAAGCCGUAUUCCUGUUCAGAAUGCGGGAAAUGCUUUUCGGAUAAAUCCUAUCUUGCUAGACAUGAGAGAAUUCACACGGGGGAGAAGUCAUUUUAAUGUUUUAUGAGGAAAAUCUAAAGAGAAUUCACAGAGAAGAAGCCAUAUGCAGAAGAAUCCAGAAGCACACAGUGUAAAAGUGAAACUGUUCCCGCCACAUUUUUGAUGUCCAACAGGGGUAUUAGUCAGGUGACCUUCUGACAUCCUUCAUUCAUAGACUCCCAUGUUAGACAGGACCUGUCAGUCCAAAAAAUGUUCUUCUUAUAUCACGUUAUAGCAGUGCUUCCCAAAUAGGGUG